AUGGUGUUGGCCAAUGGGACCGGAGUGCAGGAAUUCAUUUUGCUGGGAUUUGGAGUCGGGCAACACGAACGGUUUCUGCUUCUCAUAUUUUUCAUUAUUCUGUACAUCCUCAGUAUGGCUGAGAACCUCGCCAUCAUCAUACUGGUGGUUCUAGAUGCCCACUUGUCCCAGCUUCCCAUGUACAUCCUGCUGAGCAACUUCUCCUGGCUAGAGAUGUGUUACGUGACGGCCACUGUGCCCCGUAUGUUGUUUGACCUGCCGUCCCAUCAUGGGAUCAUCUCCUUCCAUUCCUGCUUCCUUCAGUUCUAUGUCUUCUUCUCACUGGGCACUACUGAAAGCUUCUUCCUCUCUGCCAUGGCCUUGGAUCGGUACUUGGCCAUCUGCCACCCUCUACGAUAUCCACAGAUUAUGUCCAAAGAUUUCUGCUAUGCUCUGGUAGCCGUUUGUUGGCUCCUUGGUUUCCUGUGGUACAUUUUCCCAAUGAUCUUGAUCUCCAAGUUGUCCUUCUGCGGCCCCAACAUCAUUGACCACUUUCUGUGUGAUCCUGGGCCAAUUUUUUCCUUGGCCUGCCCGCCACUUGGAAUUGCCCCUAGUGUCUGCCAGUUUUUUAUGAAUGCUUCCGGUUUAGUCAACGUCACAUUUGCGGUGCUAUCCUAUAGCAUUGUGGUUCUCACCCUGACGAAAAGCUCUUAUCGAGGUGGACGUAGGAAGGCAUUCUCCACCAUAUCUUUUCACCUGGUGGUCGUAACACUUUAUUAUGGGUCUAUUGCGGCCAUAUACUUAGUUCCAAGCGGAGAAAAUCAAUCGGAGGUCACGAAGGCAGUAACACUUUUCUACACUGCCGUGACACCCUUUCUCAACCCUCUGAUCUACACUCUGAGGAACGAUCAGGUGAAGGAGGCAGCAAGCCGGUUGUGGAAGAGACUUCAGACGAGAAAAGGGGCCGAAUAA